AUGAACAGCUGCACUCUUUUAGAUGACUUCUUACAGCUUCCACGUGUACAAGAAGCCCAUCUUUUGCGGAAAGACAACAAUACUCUAAUUGCAAGCACUGGCUUGGGUGUCGCAGUCGAUUACACAAGUCCAGACACGUCUUCCUCCUUCCUUGAUGCCUCGGAAAGCUCAAUUUCGCUCUCGAAGGGAGAACGCUCCUUUCAAAUGAACGAGCUUGUCAUUCCAGAUGAUGUUGAAAAGUUGUGCAACUACGUGUUAACGAUUCUCCAGGCUUGUGACGACGCGAAUGCGCCAGACGAACCGGCCGAGCUCAUCCGCUUGUCGUACAGUGGAUCGCAGUUACACAUACUUCAAGACGAGAUGUUCGCUCUUGUUCUGCGCGAGAUAAGAACUUAG